CCCGUGCUCCUCCGUGAUUGGCCAGCACACACCGAGAAGGAGGGGCAGGGCCCUGGAGAGAGUGUGAGUCCUGCUGAACUGUCAGAAACCUGCUGCUUUCCACAGAGGAAGGAGGGGUUGGUUCAUGGGAAGAGACUGCAGCACAGUGGACAGUGGCUCCUGCAGCUGAGCUACAGUGAGCGCACACACUGGACUCAGGGUUCUCUGUGCCUUUAUUUGCUUACUGCCAUGAGUCAGCUGCUCUCUGACGCGUCUAAGGAUGACGACGUGUGCAAAUACUUUAAGAUGAUUAAGGAACAAAACAGAAUCAUUUCUCAGAAAACCAUCACUUCAGUUGAGUUACACCUGGCACAAGGAAACAUUCAGAAGACAAAUAAUGUAAUUACUGAUUCAUUAAGAGAAAUUAGCAGUACCUCACUCAAUAUCGCUGUAAUAGGAGAGUCUGGAACUGGGAAGUCCAGUUUCAUCAAUGCCUUCAGGGGGAUUGGACAUGAAGAGGAAAAUUCAGCUCCAAUUGGUGUGAUAGAGACAACCAUGAGUAGAACUCCAUACACACACCCUAAUAUUCCCAAUGUGGUUAUUUGGGACCUGCCUGGGAUUGGAACCACAAAUUUCCCACCCAAAGAUUAUCUAGAGAAAAUGAAAUUCAACGAGUAUGAUUUCUUCAUCAUUGUGUCUGCCACACGCUUUAAGAAAAAUGAUAUAGACCUCGCCAAAGCAGUCAGCAUGAUGAAGAAGGAUUUCUACUUCGUGAGAACCAAGGUGGAUAUAGAUUUAGAAACUGGAAAAGGAUGCAAACAUGCCUUUGGCAGAGAAAACUUACUGCGGCAGAUCCAACGUCAUUGUGUGAAUACCUUUAAGGAAAAUAACCUGAAUGUACCACCAAUCUUCUUGAUCUCUAACAAAAAUGUAUCUGACUAUGAUUUCCCAAUCCUGAAGGACAUGCUGAGAAACAAACUUUGUACUCCCACACUUCCAAACUUUAUGUUUUCUUCACUGAGUAAGGCUGAGGCAGUCAUUGAAAGAAAGCGUGAGUUGAUGCAGCGGUUUAUCUGGCUAGAAACCAUAAAGAAUGAAGCUUGGACCAGUCUUUCUGUAAAGGGCAUCCUCAAGGACAGUGAUAUGGAGAAGUUGAAGGUGAUUUUAAGCCACUAUAGAAAGCUCUUUGGAAUUGACGAUGGAACCUUGAAACUCAUGGCGAAGGAUUCCCAAGUGCCUGUUGAAAAACUGAAAAAAGUCAUUAAAUCUCCUUAUUUGUUGGACACUAAGAAAAGGGAAACAUUAGAAGGAAAACUUUUGAAAUAUUUGGAGAAAUUUGCCUCAGCCAAUGGUGGGCUCUUGGCUACAGGUCUCUACUUUAGGAAAACCUUUUACUUACAACUUCUGUUCCUUGACACAGUGGCUGAAGAUGCCAAAGUUGUCCUUAGAGAGACAUACUCAAAAAUUAGUUCAAACUCAUGUCAUCCACAGCUAUUGACCAUGGAUAAGUGUUACUCUUUCCUCAUGUCCUUGACAGGAUUUGUGGUUGUAUGUUUUGUUUUGUCUUAUCUUAGGCUUUAGGCAUGGAAUGAGUUGUAAUAUCCAAAUAAUUUUUUUAAUAUUCAUAUUAUUUUAAUCUUACUAUAUAAUAACACAAAUAUGUAAUUUUUAAACAUAUUAACAUGAGUUAAUUAUACAAUGGCCUGUUUAUUCAAUUACUUGGAAGCCUAGGUCUCCAACCCAGGCCUUGUAGAUGCUAGACAAGCAUUUUAUCACUAAACUAUGCACCUCAACUUGUGGUAGCCUUUAGAUUUAAGUAAGACAAAUGUCUGACUAUUCUGAAAUUCUGAGCUUAUACUAUUUAAUUGCCAUAUCUGCCCAUCUAACAAAAAAUGAUAGGAUGUAGAUUACAUAUUGCCAUAAUUCUGACAAAUAAUGUAAAUGAAAUAGGUUCUUCAAUGUUCAACAUAAUCGUAUGUAGCAAACCAAUAGUCACAUAUUUUUUAAGUUGUUAAUAGUAAGUCAGAAUUAAUUUGAAUCCCUCAAGGACAUUUGAAACUCUUUUUUCUGAAUCAUUUAUCUUACUUAACUUACAGGUGCAUGUGGAGGCCAGAGGGUAACUUGCUUAGUCAGUUUUAUCCUUCUACCAUGAGGGUUCAGAGCAUCUAACUCAGUAACUCAGGCUUGUUGCUCAGGACCUUUACCUGCUGCAGCAUCUCACAGCACUAGCCUGAGUGAGCCUGGACCAGACAGUUAGCACAGUGGAGAUGCUCUGGCUCCUCAGAGGAUGCUGAGCUGACUGUGGACUGCACAGGACCAGCAGGACUGGGGAUACUUUUGUCUCAAGCUCAUACAAGGUAGGCAGGAUAGAAAGCAGCCCCACAAUGGGAGACAGACAUUAUUAGGUCUGCACCAGUGAUGUUGCACACUUUUUCAAAUGCUAAUUGGCCAUUUUUAUUUCUUUUUUGAGAAUUCUCUGUUCAGUUCCAUGGCCCAUUUUUUUUAUUGGGUUGUUUGUUUUCCUAGUGUUUACUUUUUAAAUUCUUUAUACAUUGUGGCUAAUUCUCUAUCAGAUUUAUAACUGGCAAAGGUUUUCUCCCAUUCUGUGAGGUGUUUCUUCUUUGUCUGACAAUUUUCUUUCUUAUACAAAAUAUUUUUAUUUUAUGAGUUCCAAAUUAUUGAUUAUUGUCAAUAUUUGCUGAGCUAUAAGAGUCUGAUCCAGAAAGUCCUUGCCUAUGCCUCUGUCUUAAGUGGACUCCAUGUUUUCCCCUAUAAAUUUGCAGUGUCUGGUCUUACGGUGAGGUCCUUGGUCUAUUUGGGGUAGAUUUUUGUGCAGGGUGAGAGACAAGAAUCUAAUUUUGUUGUCCUACAUGUAGCUGUCCAGUUUGUUUGUUGAAGAUUCCCUUUUCUCCAAUUGAUUUUUCUUUUGUGAUUUUGUUGAAAAUCAGAUGGUUGUAGUUUAUGGUCUUGUUGUGGAUAUUUCAGCACAGUUGUGUGGUGUUACACGGGUCCGGGUCCCGAGAAAUGAAGACUCAGAAACACACGAGAAUGAAUGUAGCCUCUGCGGCUGCAGGGGGCGCUGUCUCCGUGAACUGAAGCCUUGCCUCACCUCCCAGCAUCUUUAUUUUUUCCUAUAUUUACACUUUAGCUAGAAGAUUUCCAUAUUUCAACACAAACUGAUAGAAGCUUCUGAAAACACAGUGCCAGGUGCGAAUACCUGAUUCAUGAGGUACCGCGGUUUUUCUCUAAACCAAGUUUUGCAUAGGAUAUGUAUCCAUGGGAGACUCUCAGUCAAGAUUUACAUGGGGCAACAGAAGGUAUUUGUAACACAAAGGAAGACCUAGAGCCUGAACUAGCCAUCUUUUUAACCAGAUAAAACUUUCAGUGGAAAGAUUGGGACACAAACGCAGCCACAAAACCGUCAACCUACGGUUUGACCUUCCUAUAAGAUGUGCUGGGAUUCAAGUGGUGCAGAAAUUAUAGGAGUGGCCAAGGAAUGAAUGUUCCAGCUUAAGACCCAUGCCAUGAAAAAUAGCCCACUUUGACACAGCCUAUUGGGCCAGGACCCAGAGGCUAGAUAGCAAAGGGAACUAGAAUAGAAGCAAAUAUGACUGGGAAAGAAAAAAAAUUAAUGAAAUAAUAUGAAUAAUAGGACAUGUUACCCCUAUUUUACUCAAGAAAUCUUAACAAUCAGUUAAUAGAAUUACAAGAGCUCUUCCUGAAAAUUGCAAUGAUUCCUCACAUUUAUUAGAUCCCACUAUAGUUUUUGCUACUAUGGCCUUAUUGUUACCUGUCCCAGGACUUGGUGUAUUACAACAAGAAUUUCUAAAAUACCCUGUCUAAUUUCAAAAGCUGUUAAUAUUACAGCAGAAAUAUUCACUAACAUUAUUAAGAAAUAGAAGGCUUGAGAACAACUGUUCUAUAAAAUAGAGAUAUUAUAGACUUCCUGUCACUUAAACAUAAUGUUACUUGUCAGCAAUUUACUGGAGUGUGAUAUUUAAUAUCUCUGAUAUUUUUCUGUUGUAGAAGAAGCGGGCUGCAUCCCACUGCCUGGCUAGCUUAACCCCCGAAAUCACCACACAGAAAUUGUAUUAAUUAAAUUACUGCCUGGCCCAUUAUAUCUAGCCUCUUAUUAGCCAACUCUCACAUCCUGAUCUAACCCAUUCCCACCAAUCUGUGUAACACCAUGAGGUCGUGGUUUAUCUGGAAAGAAUCUAACCUACAUCAGUCUCAGGCGGGAGAUUCAUGGUGUCUGCCUGACUGUUCUUCUUCCCAGCAUACAGUUCUGUCUUUUCUGUCUACCUAAGUUUCUGCCCUAUCAAAAGGCCAAGGCAGUCUCUUUAUUCAACCAAUGAAAGCAACACAUCCUACACCAUUUUUCUCAUACUAUUGGCAUCCAAAUUGAUGAUCACAUAAAAUAGACAAAAAUCUCCCAAACAAAUUUUCAUUGGCCAAUAUGGCUUAGAUGGUUCCCCCUUCAUCUGCCCUCUAAUGUUACAUCUACUGGUCAUUGUAAUCAGGACCUGUGCUCCACAAUGUGUCACUCACUCAGUCACCUGUCAGACAAACAACUCAAGCACCAUUGCUACUUAAAAACAUAAUUUAAGUCAGUCCCCUCUCAAGCCAUUGACAGAGACACAUAAAUCCAGGGGUGAAUUAAGAACCUGCCUGACUCCAUUUGGAAGGCAGGAGCGAGCCAUUACAGUGUAUUGUUAAUAUGAGUUUUUAUCUCUGCUUCCUGAAACUGACCCUUCCCCAACCCAUGACCUUGACUUGUAUUGGGGAACACUCAAAUGCUUUGUUUCCCUCUCUGAUUACCCAGACCCCCCCCCCCAAUCAUGUGACAACAACAUGGUGGCGGCCUGGCUUUGUUGCUGCUGUUUUUUUGUUUUGUUUUGUUUUCAUAAGAUUUUUCUGUAAUUCCUUACUGCUCCAUUGAUUUCUAUAAACCUGCUUUGCAAGUACUCCUGAUUUAACCCUUAAGAGAGCCCUAAGAAAUUAACUCAGAGUUGCUCUCUUUAACUGGACCAGAGAGGCAGUCUCUGGCCAGCUCUCAGGUGCACUGCAAUAAAAAUCAAGUUUGUUUCAAAUUUGGCUCAAAAUGGUGAGAGUGAUCUUAUUCUCACCCAGUGUGGUUCACAGACUUGGUCUGCCACAAAAAAAGGGGGAAUUUUUUUGUAAUGAAGCCACACAAACAGAAGAAAGUAAAACUAAAUGCAAAUCAACUGUAUUAAAAUCUGUAAAAAGAAUCAUCAACUCAAAAAGGAAACAUAUCAAAAUAACAUCCAAUCUCUAACCAGCAACCCUAAGUGACAGGGAAAUGUGGGGUGGUGAAUCUCAAGCCCUAAAUGUAAAUCAUUUCAGUUAAUAUCACUAUAUCCACAAAGCUAUCUUUUAAUAUUGACAGAAAAAUAAGAACGUUUUAAGACAAGCACAAAUUCCGACAGUUAUGACUAUUAAUCUAGUACUCCAGAACAUACCUAAAUGAAUACUAUAAGCAGAAGAAGGAAAGGACAGUCUCAGUUGUGACAUCACAGGAAAGAAAGCAAUCCAUGAGAGAAUAAUGAACAGGGAGGAAUCAGAAAAAGUGCAUCUUGUCCAGCGCAGUGAACCCGCAAACAAUGGGGUGUGGGAGGGGACAUCUAAUCAACCAGAAGAAUAACCAAGAUUACAGAAUUUAGCAAAGCUCUCUCAAUAGUUAUCUUCAAUGUAAAUGACAUCAAAAAUAAAAGAAUGAAGAAGAGCUGACUGGAUUAAAAACAAACAUUAAAAAAAAAACUUUUAAGGGUCCUUGUUCUCUCAAGUAAUAUGAGAUAUGAAUAUUCACACCACCUCACACUGAACACAACCAAAAGCCCUAAACAGAAUGCAGAGAACCUCCCUGAGGCUCUGAAAGAAGGGAACACUGGAGUGUCCAACCCUAAGUAGGACAUCUCUACCAUAUCCCCUGGUCUUAGUUAGGGCUUCUCUUGCUGUGAAGAGACACCAUAGCCAUGGUAACUCUUAUAAAGGAAAGCAUUUAAUUGGGGUGGCUUAUAGUUUCAGGGUUUUAGUCCACUAUCAUCAUGGUGGGACAUAAAGAUGAGAAGGUGGACAUGGUGCUGGAGAAGGAGUUGAGAGUUCUACAUCUUGAUCUCAGACAACAAGAAGCGGUAUGUGUGUGUCCCUAGAACUGGAGUUACAAGCUACUGGGACUCAAUUGUUUUUCUUAAUCAUUAACCUAAUGUCACAGUCUAUACUGCUCCUCAAUAAAACUCAUGUGUUCUAGCCAUGUGA